UUCAGUAAGUGCUGCUGCGUAGGAAGCAACACCAAACACCACUUCACCUACACCCUGAGGGUCUGGAGGUGUCUCUUACAUAAACGAAAACUUAAUAUAAAACAUAAAAAAUGCAUUCAGUCACUCUGGACAGCAGUGGUUCGCCAAAGAAACGGACGUUUUCUCGGGGAAUCAGCGAGGAUGAGUCCCUCCGCAGCAUUAUAAAAGAGACCGACAGUUCAUCCAGGCGUCUGACACGGAGCGACAGCCGACCAGGCACCCUGAAGAAGAGGAGUGACAGUCAGCAGUCUGACCAGGACCUCUUCAUGGGACUCCCAGAAAUGCUGGAGCUGCAGGCCAGCUAUGACGAGGUGGUGCAGGAGCUGCGUGGGCUGGAGGUCGAGCGAGAGGCUCUGUUGUUCCAGGUGGACGUCCUGCAGGACACGCUGGAGGGUGUGGAGGAGCUGCUGGCUGAGGCUCAGAGGGAAGCUGGACAGGCUAGUUCUGAGCUGGAACGAGAAAGGGAGGCCAAGAGGAAACUAGAGAGUAUGGUCUGCUCUCUGAUGCAAGAGGUGGAGAGAUUAAAAGAGGAAAGGAAUAACAAACCAUCAGCUCUAGCAGAGACACAUGGAAUGGUGGACGAGGUAAUAAGACAAGGACACCAACUGAGAAAUGCCGCAUGCAGAGAAGACAAAGACUCGUCGCCGUGCGAAAGCAGAGGCCGAGCAUCAGUGGAAGUCGGACCGAGUGACGAGGCGGAGGAUGAAGGAUGUGUCCUGACGAAGCUGCGGAAGAUGGUCAGUAAGCCCCUGAGCCACAUACCCUCUCUUGCACUAGACGGCCCAGUCUCUGAGGAAGGAGUCCUGCGGAGGCCUUGCGAGAACAGCGUCGAGGGCGGACGAGAUCCUUCUCCGGACAGGAACGACUCAGACAGCAUAAGUGCCUACGAAGAUGCAUCUGCUGAGACUCCGGAGCAGGACAGGAUGUUUCUGGGUGAAGCAGACGCUUUGGAGCUGCCGGAUGAUUCAGAAAAUAAAGAGAGAAGUUUGACUAACAACUACCAGAUCAAUGACAGCGAGACCCAAGACCCCAGAAACCCUGAACUUUGUGUCGUGUCUUAACUAACGUGUCUCAUCUGCGUCUGGGCAAAAGCUCGAAGGUCAUUAUUGAGCAAUUGGUGUAAUUCAAGAGCGCUUUGAUUUGCAGUUUACACACAUCUGAUAUUUAUGUUCUUAGAAAAGUUUGAUGCCAGUGAUAACAGUUGCAGUUAGAGCUCCAACAAGUUGUCGAUUCACUAAAUAGUUGACGGAAAGAAAAUUAAUCUUUGAGUAAUUUGUAUAAAACAUGCCAAAAAGUUUGCUCAUUUUAGCUUCUCAAAUGUGAGGAUUUGCUGCUUUUCUUUUUCUUUGUUAUCUUUGUAAUUCGGGCCAAAACAAAUGAUUUGAAGAUGUCACUCUGGGCUCUGGGAAACGCAUGACGAUUUUUCACAAUUCUAUACCAUUUUAAAACUAUACGAUUAAUUAAGAAAUUGAACGUCUUCUGAAUUGAUAAUGAACGUAAUGGUUAGUUGCAGCCAUAGUUCUAAUGCACUGUAGUAGAGUUGUACAUUUCAGUUUUAAAUUAACAACAAAGGAACUCAGGAUCCAGGUGGUUUACUAGCUGGAAUUCCACUGAUGACUACUUAAUAUUGAUUGCCAAUUAUUUCUUUUAGAUGUCUUAAGUUUUUGUUUUUUAUAUACUAGGAUAGACAUGGAAAGAAGUCCAUGAUGCUUUGACCAUUUACCUCUUUGGUAAUCUUUUAAGAAGGGUGGUUUUAUAUACCAACAGCUGCCAGCACACAAAUCAGGAUUUACCUGUGGACAAAACACGGUGAGCUCUGUUCGUGUUCAGCUGCUUUGUCUCCAGUCAGACCUGCACAUGAGGAAGACAGGAAUUUAGAGAUGCAGUCUAAGGAUUUCAGCCAGUCAACAGCUGGUAGCUGCAUGUAAAGCUGUGUGAGCUGCAGAGCUCACUGUCAGGGACAUGUGUGGCAUCCAUCUUUGGAAGCUUGGAUCAGACACAGGUGAUCAAAGGCAGUCUGUAAUGAGGUUUUAAGGUACAGAUUUUUUAAGAAAGGGACAAUGCCAUCUGUUUACUGCCUUGCUGACCUUCACAGGAACAUUUAUUUUUUUUAUCUUUCAUAUACGGCCCUUUUUCCUGUUUAUUAUUGAUUUUAGGGAAAUUGAUUUAGCUGCAUUUGCACUUUUUAAAGUUCUUGUAAUGUGGCAUAAAUUUGUCAGAUUACAUUAGAAACAACAUUCCCUUUACAACCAAACACGUCAGCGAGAAACAGUUGUCUGACCUGCUGCGGGCUGUAUUCUCUGCGCCUGCAUGGUAAUACUGUAUGUUUGCACAUUUGCAGUGAAACUUGCUGAAAUUAGUCUCUUUUGGAUGUCUCUGAUUGCUGUAUACACUUUGUAUUUAAUUGCCAUUUUUGUAUGCUUAUUUUUUUACAAUCUUGAAUUUCUUUUUUAUGCUUGAGACAGAGAUAGACCAUUUCACGUCAUUUGAGAUAGUUUGCAUGAACACCUAAGAAUGUAUAUUGAUUUCCAAACUGUACAUGAAGUGAUCUGUCACUUAUUAGUAGUUUUGCACGCAGUACUUUCACACAUGUAUCGAAGUUAUUUACUGCAAACUUUGUUGUUUUGAAGAAAUUUUCUUGUUUGCAAAUAAUCAUUCAUACCCUGGUUUUAGCUAAAUUAACAUUUUCAAGUUUGAGGGGACGUAUCAUGUGACACAACAUUAUUUUAAAAUAAAAAUCACAAUCUUGAUCCCUGAUGCUGUCACAUGGAAAACAAAAGUGGAACAAUAUUAAUACAUUUAUGGAAGUUAGAAUUGCUGUUACUGCAUGUAGCUGCAUAUCAUUUUGUGGGUUUGAGGCAGAAUAUUAAUGUUCGUAUGAACCCAUUUGUCUUUUGUAUUUUUAGCUUACUUUGAUCACUCAGUCCUGUUUGAACAUUAUCCUGGUUCACGUGCUAAUAUUUGCUCUGGCUGGCCACGAUGCAUAAGCAGCUCACAUGAUGUGCUUUUUCCUUUCCACAAAAUGAGCUGAUGGGAAGCAAUACUGUUACUGUAGUGCUGUUAAUGUAGUACUGUUACUGUGGUACUGCUGCUGUAGUGCUGUGUGGUGGCAUUUGGUCAGCUCUUGAACAAUCAGGUCAUUUCAACAUGACAAAAUCAUUGGUUGUUCAUGUUGUCGUCAGCAAUUCAUUUUAUUUUCUGUUUAGUUUCCCGUCAGGUGAAAGGAUUCACAUUACACAACUUAGACAAUGUUUAACUGAUGAAACGUCACAUUUCAGUGCACAACAGUGACUUUUGACAAUUUGUUAAGCUAUCAAGUUGUUUUUGUGUUUUUCUCUCCCACAACAAUGCAAAAAACUGUUCUUACUGCAUUUUGAUGCAUUUUAUGGGUCUAGAUAUUUUUGACUUGUUCUCAGCUUUCUAUUAAAUAUUCAGAUGUAACAGUAAAUGACAUGAAUUUAUACUUGUAACCGAAAUGACAUUCCAGACAUAUCAAAAUAAAAAUGAGUGAAUAAAGCUUGAUUAGUCACUUGUUUUGA